AUGGUAUUCACGAAUAUUCACGCACUCCUUCUUGGUUUAGCGGCAUUGGGUCCAAUUCUACUAGGUCCACUAAUGUCGGAUAUGCAUGAAAUGGGUCCAAUUCUACUAACGUCGGGUAUGUCCACUACUCCAUGUAUUGGGUCCACCUGUGUUAGAUCCACAACUAGUACCGGGUCUAUUUGGAUGGGGUCCAACUCUACUAUGUCCACCAAUGUAGAGUCUACAUCUAUUGAGUCCACCCGUGAAAAUUUUGACCAUCCAUGGAGAUUGGAUGGUGGAAAAUCAUUGGAACCAGGAUGCUACUAUACUUUUAAUGAGGGAAUUGGACCAGUUGUGCAUACUCAUCAAGCAUUGACAAACUUCCAAAAAAUCGAGAAAACAUUCAACUAUGAGAUACGCGAGAAUAUGAAUAACGUUGUCAAAAACUGGAAAAUCUAUAACAUCGGAAAUACAUUCAAGAUCGAAGGUGACUUGAUCGGUUCACUCAAGACCGGCCAGAGAGCAGAGAUUACAUGUACCACCAACAAUAAGAAGUCAUUGAUGGUGAUCGUUCGUAGACCCACACAUAAGUAUGUCACCAUCAAAGAUAUCGAUUCCUUCUCCGAUGUUUUAUCUUUUCAGUACAUAUUAACAUUUUGUUGUUGGUUCGGUAGAAAGAGUGACAUUAAGGAAUCAAAAGAUUACGAAGAUAUUAUUCAGCCAGUUCGUCUCGGACGCACAGCUGAAUCUUCGUCCUUGAAAGAAAAAGAGGAUGAAACAAAGUCUGACGAUGUUAAACCCGUCAGGUCGACAACAAUAACAUUGGAUAGCCAUUCAAAGAUUAUUGGAAGACGUGAUUUGCAAUACAAGGAAACAUAUGAAAAUACAUCAAGUGCUGUUGGAAGAAUAUUUGUUAGUUUUAAAGUACGAGAAGAAGAGUAUCCAGUAUGGUGCAGUGGAACUGGAUUUUGUGUUAAGAAUGAUCUUGUUAUGACUGCAGGCCAUGUACUAGCUUAUCCUGUUAAUCCAAAUGAUCCAAUAGAAACUCAAGAGAUGCAGAGAAAUAUGAAAUACGAAAAGAUCUAUAUAUUCUUUGGUCCUGAUGCCACCAUCACAAGUGAGAUCGAUCUUACAAAUAUAGACAAGGAGAUAAUGUAUGAGUUGGAAUCAUGUGGAAGAGAUUUUGAUCAAUCAUUCAAAGAUCCUUUGGUUUUCUCUGGUAGCAAUGAUCAACGAUACUUAUGGCCUACACACAAUGAUUUAGAGGUUCUCAGAUUCAAAGGAACACCACCAACAGACAUCAACAUUCUAUUUCCAAUGAUUCCAACCAAUGACCAAGAGAUCGAACACUAUGUCAUGGGUUAUCCGGGUUACAUAGAUUUAACUAAAUUUUUAUCUGACUACAAGGGAACCAACGAUCAAGAUUUGGAGGCCCUUUAUAUCAAUGUGAGGAAAGAAUCACGUGGUUUCCAGAGAAAGACUAUCUUUAUUGGCAAAGUUGACAAUUUCAAAGAUAAUGGAAUUACACACAGCUGUCCAACACUCAAAGGUACUGCAGGUGGCAUUCUUGCAAUAAGUCAACACGAAAGAAAGUUUGUUGGUGUUCAUCUCGGAGGAACUCAAGAAACAGGAAAAAUUGCACUCUCAGUCACACAUCCAUUAUUCUGGCAUCUUUAUCGAACCUUUGUUCUUGAUGAUCAAUUCAUUCAAGAUAACUUAGUCCAAUUGGAAUCCUAUUUAAAUCAUAUCAAAGAUACAUCAUCAAGAUCUAUAUCAUUGAUUGACGAAAGAGUAUUUUCUGCUGAAGGUCAUCACGAUAAAAUAUUUACUCUAAACAGUAAAUCAAAGAUUAACAGACCAGACCAACCAGAUCGAGAUUAUUAUGAAAGAUCAUCAAAAGCAGUUGGAAGAAUAUUUGUAAGAUUUACAUUACCAGACCAGAUCGAACCAGAAUGGAAUUAUGGAACAGGUUUUUGUGUGAAGAAUAAUAUUGUUGUUACUGCUGGGCACUUCUUUGAAUAUCCAGAUACAACCAAAUCCAAUAUUCAUUGUAAGAUCUAUAUUUACUUUGGAUAUGAUGCCACCAUUCGAAGAGAAAUAUUUUUGGAUGAUAUCGAUAAAAUUGAUGGAAUCUAUGAAUUGGAAAUGCUUUGUGGUGAUGUCAGUUUCAUUAUGCUCAAAUUUAAAGAUGUACCACCACCCAACCAAGAAUAUCUCUUUCCAUCAAUUCCAACUAACUAUCUAGUUUCAAAUCACUUUGUCAUCGGACAUCCAAAUCUUAUGUAUUUCAAACAAUUCUUCAAUGAUUUCAAUGGAAUUAUUGAAAAUGCAGGACACACAUUUAUUGAUAUCAUGACGAGUACACGUGGAUUUCAACUCAAGACAAUAUUCAAAGGUCAUAUUGUGGAGUUGGAUAAUUACAUAUUGUUUCAUGAUUGUCCAACACUCCCAGGAACAUCAGGUGGUAUUCUUUCAAACUCCCAAUUCCAAAGAAGUUUUAUUGGAAUUCAUCUUGGUGGGUCAUCUAAAACAAGAAAUGUUGCACUCUCUGUAACACACCCAUUAUUCUGGCAUCUUUAUAGAAAGUUUGUUCUUGAUGAUCAAUUCAUUCAAGAGAACCUUCAACAUCUAAAGCCUUAUUUAAAUCAUUUUAAUUAUACAUUCAAACACUCAUCAUUGGUUGAAGAGCAAAAGAGAUUGGAAGAUAAGAAUACUGAAAGAGAACUAGGAAAGAAAUAUAAAGGUCACAAGAGUAUUUUGGAUCAAAUCACAGAGGAGCCACACCAAAAGCUUUCACACCCAACCCUGUUAAGACCAACUAAAAAAAAAUCAUUGCUUAAACUAGACUCAGAGUUAAAAGGUAAUAAAAUUUAG